AGGAUGCCACCGCCCGCCUCUGACUACUCAGGUUGGUGAUAUGACUCGCGAUUGCCAGACCGCACCUAUCUAAGUAUCAUUCUAAACACUCUCCGUUUCACGUGGUCGACCAAGCCCACCCGUGAGGGCAGCGGGAGGUGGGGGCGUGUUCUGGUGUCUUUGCUGUUAGAUUAGCAGGAUAUUUCCGACGAGCAGAAUUUGGAGCGGCGUGGGAAGGUAGUAGGAUGAACGCGGGUUGGUGCGUUGUCGGGUUGGUAGUCAGUCUCUCACAGCCCCUCCUCUGUUGACGGUGAAGAUAACAGACAUCGCAUUCGUUCACCGGGAGCAGGAGGGCAGGAGAGAGGAUUGCACUCUCGCACCCAACCUGCUGCUGCUGCCGCCCUCAGCUGCGCGUAUCUUUCCGCCUCUUCGAACAGGGGCUAAUAUGAGGAAGCCUGUUGGUGUGCCCGACCCAGGAAGGCAUCAAGCUCCUGCUGACUCUCUCUAAAUCCUCCAGCUGUCCUGUCAUGCCUUGCUCCCCAUAGACCCCCCGGCUCUCAUAACCACACGCUACAACGCACACACACUCACUGAAGCCCCCCCACCCCCCCCCACCCCACGCAGCCCUCACAACACACACACACACACACACACACAGUAGCCAUGGGUCUGGACACGGCAUCACAUGAACCCCUGCUGAGCGCAGGGUGCAAAAGGCAGCGGUACCUACACAUGCGCAGGAAGUUGAGACCGCUGCGGAUCGCCGGCUUCCUUCUGAGUCUGGCAGCAAUAAGCACAGUCCCUUUCGCUCUGGGUGCCUUCCCGUCGGCCUUCGGCACGCACCCUUCGCUUGCCUCCUCUUCCUCCUCUCUGUUAGGCGGGGCGCAGGUCCUCCUUGUGGACUCGCCGCACAGGACUUUGCUGUCCACUGACCGCUGGCGCUCGGGCGACAACGCCUCGGCGGAGGACUCGCCGGUGGCCAUGCGCUCGUCCGCGGCGGACGGCAACGAGUCGCAGGGCGAGUACCCGCAGGACCUGUUCACACUGGCGGAGCGGCGACAGGGCGCCGUCCUGCUCCACAUGUUCGGCAUGCUCUACAUGUUCAUCGCCCUGGCCAUCGUCUGCGACGAGUUCUUCGUGCCGGCACUCACCGUCAUCACCGAGAAGUUUGGCAUCUCCGACGACGUGGCCGGCGCCACCUUCAUGGCGGCGGGGGGCUCUGCCCCCGAGCUCUUCACCUCCGUCAUCGGCGUGUUCAUCUCCCACAGCAACGUGGGCAUCGGCACCAUCGUGGGAUCGGCCGUCUUCAACAUUCUCUUUGUCAUCGGGAUGUGCGCGCUCUUCUCCAGGGAGAUCCUCAACCUCACCUGGUGGCCGCUCUUCCGCGACGUCUCCUUCUACAUCUUGGACCUUAUCAUGCUCAUCGUCUUCUUCCUGGAUAACUACAUCACCUACGCGGAGAGCCUCGGGCUGCUGUCGGCCUAUGCUUCGUACGUGAUCUUCAUGAAGUUCAACUCCAACAUGGAGUCGUUUGUCAAAUCCUGCCUGAACCGGAAUCAGGUUGUGGAAGUGGAGGCUCCACCAAAGCAAAGCCCUGUGAGUGCAGAGGAUGAGAGCAAGCUAUCGGCAAGACCUCGGCUCCAGAGAGGAGGAAGUUCCGCCUCCCUGCACAACAGUCUCAUGAGGAACAGCAUCUUCCAGCUUAUGAUACACACUCUGGACCCUCUCAGUGAAGAAUUUGCUGACUCUGAACUUGGGACUUAUGGCAAGCUAAAAUACUAUCACUCAAUGACUGAGGAAGGGAAGUUCCGAGAGAAGGCUUCCAUCCUUCACAAGAUUGCCAAAAAGAAAUGCCAAGUAGAGGAUGCCAAUGGAGUUUUGGAUAAGAAUCUGCCCAACAGCUCCAGUGUUGAGGUGGAGGUCACCCCCCCAAUGAACGGCACGGCUGGACAGGAUGGAGACGCGGGUGAGGAUGAGGAAGAGGAUGAUCAGCCCCUGAGCUUAGCGUGGCCCGAGACUAACCGCAAGCGUGCAGCGUACCUGUUCAUCAUCCCCAUCGUAUUUGUGCUCUGGAUGACACUACCUGAUGUCAGAAAACAGAGCUCUAAAAAAUUCUUCCCGAUCACGUUUAUUGGAUCAAUCUGCUGGAUCGCAGCCUUCUCCUAUCUCAUGGUGUGGUGGGCACACCAGGUGGGCGAGACGAUUGGGAUUACAGAAGAAAUCAUGGGGUUGACCAUCCUUGCUGCCGGGACCUCCAUCCCCGAUCUCAUCACCAGCGUCAUCGUGGCGCGAAAGGGACUGGGGGACAUGGCUGUGUCCAGCUCCGUGGGGUCAAACAUCUUCGACAUUACCGUGGGGUUACCGUUCCCGUGGUUGAUGUACUCGUUCAUCCACGACAUGGCUCCGGUGAAGGUGAGCAGCAACGGGCUCUUCUGUGCCAUCGUGCUGCUCUUCAUCAUGCUCCUCUUCGUCAUCAUCUCCAUCGCCGCCUGCAAGUGGAAGAUGAGCAAGCUGCUCGGCUUCAUCAUGUUCCUGCUCUACAUCGUCUUCCUGGUGGUCAGCGUUAUGCUCGAGGACAAGAUCAUCUCCUGCCCGGUGACCGUCUGAGUGGGGGAGUCGCACACACACACACAGACACUUAUACAUACACAGACACACACACACACACACACACACACCUCACCUCCACUCGGAUUGUAAGACAACACACACACACACACACACACCUCUUCCAAUCAUAUUGUAAGGCAACAAACACCCAUACAUAAAAGCACACACACACACACACACACACACACACACACACACACACACACACACACACACACACACACACACACAAACAUGCAUGCACACCACGCCUCCAUUCAUAAUGUAAGACAAUAGACAUGUACACACACAUCGACCCCUGAAGUGAAGGCCUCACCUCCCCAUCUCCUGACUCCUAACAGAGCUCCCUUCUUGAGCAAGAGAAAAGCCCUUUUGGAGGGGAAGUGCACUUGGAAGGGGAAGGGUGUUUGUUUGUUUGUUUUGUAUUUUUUUUGACUGGAAGGGGAUUUAAAAAUGUUUGGUUUCCACAACAUUAUUUAUUUAUUUGUGUGUGUGUUUAUUUAUUUAUUUAUUUAUUUAUUUAUUGACUUAAAUGUUUUUAUAUAUAUAUUUUAUAAUUUCUGAAAGAUGGUACAGGGCAGGGCAUGAUUGGCCUGACCUCAGAACAAAGGUCACAGAUGCUUUAGGGGAGAUUGGGGAUUGCAAAAACAGAUGGGGAAGAAGGAGGUGUUUUGUGAGAAUGUUCUGUGUGUGUGUGUGUGUGUGUGUGUGCAUCUGUCUGUGUGUCAGUGUGUGUGUGUGUGCAUCUGUCUGUGUGUCAGUGUGUGUGUGUGUGUGUGUGUGCGUCUGUCUAUGUGUCAGUGUGUGUGUGUGCGUCUGUCUAUGUGUCAGUAUGAGUGUGUGUGUGUGUGUGUGUGUGUGUGUGUGUGUGUGUGUGUGUGUGUGUGUGUGUGUGUGAAUGGAGAUGAUAUGAAGAAAAACAUACAGAGAGAAGCAGUUGUUUAUUUAUUUGUUAGCCCCCCUUCAUCCGUACACGAGAUGCCAUGACUAAGUCCUGAUAUGAGCAAAAGAUUUCUGGAAAAUUCCCUCUUUCUCCUCACGGCAAUGAUCUCACUUGUGCAGACCUGGCAGUGUGGCCAACCCCCUCAGGCCAGGCUGUGGUCAAGUAGAGCCAGCAAGCCGCCAUCUUGACCCUCGGAGGAAUCUCCUGGCCACAAGCAUCCUAUGUCCUCCAUUCUGCUCCUGCUCCAACUGGAUUCUUUUUUCUUCUUUUUUUUUUGUCUGAAUACAGAACAAUUUUUUUGACCAGCCCUUUGACCAGCAGUGGCCAACUGGGUUCUUGUUUGUUGUUGUUGUUGUUGUUAUCGUUGCCCCGCUGCAGUAAGAGAGAUUUAAUAGUCCUGUCCUCCGGAAUUGUGGACCUGGCAAUAGUGGUGUGUGUUGACUCACAAGGCCCAUGACUUGGUGUCACACCGUUCGCAAGGUACUCUGUGCACGACGAUGGAAACGAAGGCCUCGGUCCUCGUCUGCUGCGCAGCCGCGCCACGAGUACAUCCCUUUAACCGAAGGACGUGAGGAUCCCUGAAAGGGUGAAACGGACCAGCCUUUGGCAAAAAUCAUCGCUGUGUUUGUGUGAAACCUGUCCCGCAACCAACCCUCCAUGUUACCCAUCCUUGACAUUUCAUUGCCAUCGCAAUGUCAGUGUCAGUGACAUUUUUCUGUCUAUAACCCCAGCCUGCGUACCUUUUUUAUUUUUAUUUUUUAUUGUACGUUACUCUCAUAGGUGAUAGCCUAAUUGUAGACGUUUCAGUGUAAUUGCUGUAGUUGGUAGAUGAUGAUACAAUCAACUGCACACUAACUGCCAUAACAUAUUCCUAUGCUUAAUAACUGCACACCUUGUGGUGAGGAUCGAUGCAUCAAUCUCAGACUAACUCCACGUGAUUGAGAAAAAAAAGAAUAAAAGAAUCUUCGUGUAGUCUCGGGGAGAGAAAAAAAGAUAUAAUUACUAACCCGCGAUAUUAUUCAGUGUUGAUGAUCAAAAAAAAAGGUCAAGCAUGUGUAGACACUAAUAGGGUAGACACAACAAUAGAUAGGUCCGUGUCCAAAAUAAAGUAAUGCGCUUGUAGUUCAA